AUGAUAAUCAAGUCCGACUACCCUCCAGUCCAGAUUCCAAGUUCGUCUUUCCCUGAAACUGUGCUAAAUGCCGUGAAAAAACACAUCAGCAACAACAAAACAGCAUUUAUUUGUGCGGAAAGCAACGAGGAGACCACCUACGAAACUGUACAUCAAUCCGCCUACGCUCUUGGCACAUUUCUUAACGAGAGAGGUUUUCAUAAAGAUAUGGCAUGUGUUGUUCUGCCAAACCGCUGGGAGUGGGCGGCAAUUUUUCUUGGAGUGACCUUGAACGGCGGUGUUCUCACGGCAAUUAGCGCAGUCUCUACUGAGUGUAAGGAGAAGUUUUAUGAACUAAAUCGUCAGUUCGUAGAUAGCGAAGCCAAACUGGUACUCACAAAUCCAGAAUCUCUUCAGAAGGUUCAAAAAGCAGCCCAAUCGUCUCCUUUUGUGAAGAUCAUUAUAUGCCUUGGGGACAUUCCUCCUACGAUCUCAGGAGAGGUCUAUACAUGGAAUGAUGUUCUCACAACUCAAGCAAACUGGGCGCUUCAUCCGCCUACGGUGGAUGUUGAUCGGGAUUCAGUGUUCAUGCCUUACUCGAGUGGCACAACAGGCAUUCCAAAAGGUGUGAUGUUAACGCACAGGAAUUACUGCGCAAUGAUGAACAUCUACAGAAAGCAUGACGCAGAACGCAUGACUGGAGCGUUAUCUCCACCGUGGAACAAUGACAAGGACAUGAAGCUUCUUUUCCUGCCCUUCUACCACUGCUACGGAUUUGCACUGUUGAUGGCGAGCGUUUUAAAUGGAGGAGUAGCUGUUCUGAUGUCUCAUUUUCAACCGGAACUAUUUUGCGAAACUAUUCAACGGCACAAAAUUCGUUUUGUCGCCGUGGUACCGCCUAUAAUGGUAUUUCUCUCAAAGAGUCCUAUCUGUGAACGAUAUAACCUCUCCUCUGUCCAGUUUCUCUUUUCCGGGGCUGCGCCAGCUGGAAAGGAUUUAUGCGAGGAAUUGACAAGGAAAUAUAAGAACUUGAGGCUAAUUCAACAAGGUUAUGGUAUGUCUGAAUUGUGCAUGGCAUCACACUUGCCCGAUCUUGUAGAAGGCCAACCUUUCGGAAGCGUAGGAAAACUUUCUUCUAAUCUGGAAAUGAAGAUAGUUGAUCCAGAGACUGGCGUCGGAAGAAAGUUUGGUGAAGUGGGAGAAAUCUGUAUACGAGGUCCUACAGUAAUGCUCGGCUAUCUGAAAAAGCCGGAUGCAACUCGACAAUGCAUUAGGGAUGGUUGGAUGCAUACUGGUGAUAUGGGCUAUGUUAGAAAUGAUGGCUACCUCUUCAUUGUAGAUCGACUCAAAGAACUGAUAAAAGUCAAGGGUUUUCAGGUACCUCCUGCCGAACUGGAAAACAUACUGCUAUGCCAUCCUAUGAUCCAUGAUGCUGCUGUUGUUGGAAUUCAGGAUGCAGAACGUGGAGAGAUUCCCAAAGCAUAUGUAGUUCGCAGUUCUAACGAACUAACUGAGAGCGAAGUGAAGUCGUUUGUUAACGACAAGGUGUCACCGUACAAGCAGCUGUCUGGAGGCGUUGAGUUUGUGAAAGAAAUCCCGAAGUCACCGUCCGGAAAAAUACUUCGACGAGUACUCCGUGAACGCAGUCAAUCGAAAUUGUGA